AGAUAUAUAACAGAAAUGUUUCUACAAAAUCGAUUUGCCGCUAAUGUUGUUGUAUUUGCUAUUUUUGAGCACAAUCAACAUGGCGAAAGGUUCGUUGAACAGGAAAUUGAAAUUGACCAUCUUUAUGAAAUAAGUGAAAAAAAUCAGGAAGAAAAUAAUAAUACGAACCUGAAAAGCAAUAAGGUGAUUUGUGAAAAAAAUAACAAAGGCCAGCCUGUAGAUAAAUCUACACUUCAUGAAUUGCCUGAAUUUAAACCUUUACAUACCUUUCAUGCGCAUAGUGGUUAUGCACCAUUGCCUCAUAAAAUGAAAACUGAUACUAUUAAUCCAAUUACAUUAUUUCAAUU